AUGUUAUCCGAUGAUGAAGAGACUGUUGACGUUCGUUCUUUGCCUUUAAAGCCGCCACAGCCCUUCAUACCUCCGGAAAAACCUGUACGGCGCUCAUGGCAUCCUGUUAUGUGGGAUGAUCAUAAGGAUAUUUCUGUAAAUAAUUCUCAAAAGGAAGAGGAGCGGUUGUCAUCGCAUGAAUAUCCUCAUACACAACGCAUUCGUAAUCUACGUAGGCUGAUAGCCGAAGGUAAAGUGAAACCCGAGUCAGAAACACUGAUAUUUUUUCUAUGUAAUAAAUUUGCAGUGUCCGAUGAUAGGCGGAAAAAGUUUGAA